AGGGUAGAUAGUAAACUUUUAGGAAAGCGUAUUUAAUACGUGACUAGAAGUGAUAUCCGGUCCAGCCAUAUUUAUACACCCUUAAUUUUACUAUUUUUAUCCUCCGGUUCUAACAAUCUGAAAGUUUACUAUUCCGUAAAUAUGGCCGCUACGCAACAUGAUAUCAACACCAAUUUUCAAAAAUUGGAAAAAUUUGAAGGUGUGGAAUUUCGAAGGUGGCAGAAAAAGAUGCAUUUUUUGCUCACCACUUUGAAAGUGGUCUACGUGUUAAGCACCCCGAGGCCGCCCGAGGAAGAAGAAAACGAGUCUUUGGAAACAAGCUACCGCCGCAUAAAGUGGGAUAAUGCCGACUACAUUUGUCGUGGACACAUUUUGAACGGUCUAUGUAUGCGACGGUCACCUUGCCGUCCCUGCCGAAACCUACCCUGCGUGUGUGACGUUAAAAAAAAAGAAAAAAAAACAAAAUACCCAGACCAAAAAUCUGGUAGCCACCGCUGACCAGAUUGACAAGAGCCACAGGAGGAGUUAAACCGGAGUUGUCGGAGAUCGAAGAAAUUAAUCCAGCUACUGCAUCACACUGCCGGACUACUACGAGUGAGAAAUAGAGAGGACCAGAGGAAGAUUUCCCACGCCCCAAAGCUGCUACAGAUUCCUCACGUUGGAGGAAGAGAAGAAGCCAGAGUUAUUGCACUGGAGAAGGAAGGGUCAGGGACACCGCUUCCCUGAAACGUCAUCAUCAUCUAUUUUCACUGCCCCGAUGCUGGAAGAACAGGGAGAGUCUGCCGGAGAACCUCACAGGUCGCUGGACCGCUGAAACUAAGAAGGGCUGUCGCGCUAGAAUCCUAAGGAAGCGACCGACGAAAAUCGCUAGCGAGAGGAAUACGUCGGGACCACCGCCGGACUGGUAUCUGGACCAUCGCCGAAGUACGGCUGCUGACUGAUGAAGAAGUUGCUGGACCCUACGCUCGCCGAGUCGUCGGCCGAAGAUAUACAGUAGGCAGUUUUCCUCGUUAUGUUCUUGUUUUUAAAACUGGACUGGGUUUACUAUAACUAGUAUUUCACCCGUGCGAUGUACGGUGGAAUAUUUUAUACAAAUAUAAAACACAAAAGUUGGAUACAACAUAAACAAUGCAAUACACAAACUUAAUAAUAGUAGUAUACUUUUGGAAAAGAAAAUAAUAAUACAAAUGUAUCUUAAGAUAUACAUGAAAAAGUAACGUAGAAGAGAAGAUAAUAUCAAAUGAUAAUAAAAGAAAAUCUCAUUGUGAC